UUUCGCGGUAGCCCAGUUUAUCUUCGUCUGAAUCAGAAAUCUGUUAACUCGCUCGGUGAUCUUGUCCUUUUUAGCAACAAAGUAUAUUCGGGUGACAUGGAGAAACGGAUGGGAAUAACGGCAGGGAUAUGCAUUCUGGUAGAGAACAAACCGGAAAUUAAAGGUGACCGUUACGAGGCAAUCUACAGCUUUUACGUCGGAGACUACGGUCACAUGACGGUGCAGGGACAUUACUUGACCUACCAGGACACGUGUCUGGCUAUUACUGGUGGGUCAGGCAUUUUCGUGGUCGUCACCGAUCAGGUUAAGCUUCGCCAAAUUGUGUUUCCCUUCAAGAUCUUCUACACGUUUUAUUUGAGGGGAAUUGGGGAACUCCCGGCCGAGCUUCUUUGCGAGCCGAUUGAGCCACACCCAGCCGUUGAAGCCGUUCCGGCGGCUAAGGCUUGUGAGCCACAUGCCCGCAUUACAAAUUUCACUAAUUAAAU